AUGUUGAGCAUAUGUACGAAGUCGGAGCAAAAGUGGCUUCAAUGUGUUGAUCAAUUGAAUGAUUUGAGAAUAACAAAUUAUGUAAGAUUGUCUGGAUUCCAACCAUCAGUUCGUCUGUUUCAAACACCGUUAAACUACGGACUUCUCGAUAUACAAAUUCCAUUUACAAUAAAUAGUGAGAAUCAUAUGAAUGAUAUGUUGAAUGAACGUUAUGUUUUGUCGAAUAGUAGUGAUGUAAUUCCAAUGUCUAACGUGAAGUCAAGUGUGAAAAUGAGAAAGCGCAAUGUGCAUCAUCCGAAGUAUUUCAAUGUGAAAGAAGCACUUCAUGCUAUUGAAGUAGGGUUAUCUGAUGACGCAAAGCCGGUCAACGGAGGAUCGAUCAUUGUUGUACAACUACCAACGAGUGCUUGCAGUCCCACCAAACCACCAGAAAGUCUGGAUCUCAUAGUAAUAGUGAAGUCGUGUAUCUAUUGCUUUGACAAACGAUCGUACGCUCGAGACACCUACAUGAAAUCACACCUGUGGAAAGAUUUCCGAAUUCGAUUUGUUUUCGUUGUUGGAUUGCCAACCCCAAAUGAAACGGAUGUGUAUCAUUUCGACGGAGUCACUGUGAAUCUUGGUCGGAAGGCUUCUGAACUCUCUAAACUUUACGAGAGCUCACGAUGGAUUGCUGCUAAGAAGCUGAGUGACGAGAGUGGAAAAUUCAAUGAUAUGUUGGUCGGGUCAUUUCAUGAUACGUAUUUCAACUUGACGUCCAAGAUGAUAUUGUCAUAUCGAUGGGCUGCUACAUUUUGUAAGGGACAAACACCAUUGUAUCUGUUCGUUGAUGACGAUUAUGCAUUACUGCCUGAAAACACUAUUCGACUUGUCAGGAGUCUGAAUGCUUCUGUUUCGAGAUCGACCGUAGGAGGUUUUGUGCAUUAUACAAGUGUAGUGGCAAGACCGUCAAAGGAGAAGUUCGAUUUGAAAUGGUCGAUUUCAGUGAAUGAAUACCCAUGGGAUUACUAUCCACCCUACUUCUAUGGAAUAGGUUAUUUGUUGGGUUCAGAUAUUGUCAGUGAUGCUUCUGUGGCUAUGGCUUUCACACAAAGCAUUCGUAUAGAUGACUCAUUUUUAGGAAUUGUGUUGAGUCGACUAAACAGGACACUGACUAAUAUGAAGGAGUUUUCGUUGGAUGAAUCAAUACCGGAAAAUAAAUCUUGUCUAGUCAUUAUCGAUAUAGAUAUUGCGGGUGAUGUUAUUAAUUGGAAAACUGGCGACAUUAUGAACUAUUAAUUACAUUUUUCUACGGUAAUUGGAUGAAAAUUCACAGUUUUAUUUUCAUUUUAACUUAUUUUGACAUAAAUGAUACUCUUAACCUGUUGAGUACUCCGUCUGAAUGAACUAAUGCAUUAGUUAACGUGAAAUAAUUGUGUAUCAAACAAAUAGCUUAUCAAAUAAUGUUGUGAUCUCAGUAUGUACUGUCGAAUCAACUUUUGGAAUACUUAAUCAACUUAUUUUGUUAAAGUGUUUCCGAAUGCAAUGCAAUUGUUCAAUAUAUUUUCUAAAAUUAUUUUUAUACUAAUACAUUAUUCUACGCUGUUACUUUAUUUGUUUGUCUUCGUUAAACUUUAUUAAAUAAGUAACCAUCGUGUACAUUCUGUCCUUACGUAUUAUUUGUUAAUUGGAAUAAAAAACCUAUUCAC